ACCGCCUAAUUCUUGAGCUCUGAUUGGAGCAGCUCGCGUCAGUCACGAUUUGUAGCAUGUUUGGUUGCGUCAUCGUGGUUGUUGAUGUCGCUGUCAGAAGUCAAGCAGCCGACGCAGAGGACAGCCAGGCAGGUGACGAUGCAGUUCCUGGGCCGGCUGUUGGACACCGUGUCCUCUGUGUCCACCCUCUUCACCAACCCCUACCGGGUCAGGGAUGUGCCGCUGUCCGACUACGCUGGAGGGAGCAAAGUCCUGCUGAAAGAGGAGGGACGCAUGGUCCUGUACAGAAACAGCCAGUGUCAGUCAUGGGACUGUCUGCUCAUGUGCCCCGAGACACCAAAUGUGACCAUGAGGCUGUUUCAGGUGGCGUCAGAGGAGGACGCCAUGAACUGGUUCCCCCAGUAUGCCCUCAAGCUUCGCCCCUUCUAUGAGACACUUCCUCUGAAGGCGGAGACCACCCAGCCGAUCGUGGACUGCAUCCGCAACCACCCGGACUGGAGCUCCGCCCACAUCGCCGUGGAGACGGGCCUGAGAGAGUGUCUCAAACAUAACUAUGUCCAGAGUCAGAUCAACGCCCGGGAUGCAUCAGGUCAGACGCCGCUGCACCGGGCAUGUGAGCGUGGCGACUCGCCGUGUGUGAAGGAGCUGUUGGACGAGAGCCAGGCUCGCACCGACAUCAAAGACCGCAACGGAGAGACGCCCAUGCACUGUGCCGCCAAGCAGGACACUCCUGCCAUCAUCCAGAUCAUGUGCUCGCGUUUGUGCUCGGGGGUGAAUGAUCUGAACGACAACGGGGAGACGCCGCUCCACGUGGCCUGCCGCCUGGGACGCGUUGAGUCCGUCAAAGCUCUGUUGGGGGGUGGGGCCAAGUGUGAUGUCAUCGGUGGCGCCGGCUACCCCGUCCACAGUGCCAUGAAGUACAGUGAGAAAGGCUGUGUGGAGGAGAUCCUCAAAGCGGACCCAGGCCAGCUCCAGGCGGAGGACCAUUUGUAUGGAGGGACGCCUCUCCACUGGUCUAAAACUGCUGAGAUGUGUCGUUUGCUGCUGGAACACGGCUGUGCAGUGAACUACCUCAGUAAGACCGGAGAGAGCGCCCUCCACAUUCUGACCAAGAAGGGCCGCUUUGAGGCGUCCAUGGUGCUGCUCACCCACGGAGCCAACGCCAACCUGAAGGGCCAGGAUGGAAACACAGCCCUGCACCUCGCUAUGAAGAUGGACCACAUGGAGUUGAUCAAAGCUCUGAUUGUGUUCGGGGCUGAUGUGGAGAUCCACAACGACCUGGGAGAAACACCUGGACUCAUCGCUGCUCGCACCAGCAAAGGUCCUAAUAGAAAGAUACUGCUGGACAUGCUGUGUAGUGUAGGCGUCCAGCGCUGCCUCCCACCCUCCCCCAGCAGUCCUCCCCCCUUCUCCAACAAGACCAAGCCUGCAGGCAUAGGGUUUGGGGACAUCAUGUAUAUGGGAGCUGCAGUCAGUGCGAUGAGCAGAAGCACGUCUGAAGUGGACGGACUCACAAUGGAGAAAAGGAAGAUGGACAGACUGCUGUGUCUGGAUGGGGGAGGUAUUAAAGGCCUGGUGUUGAUCCAGAUGUUGAUCGCUCUGGAGAGAGAGGCCGGUCGGCCCACCAGAGAGCUCUUCGACUGGGUGGCUGGCACCAGCACCGGGGGCAUCCUGGCCCUCGCUAUCGUCCAUGGUAAGUCCAUGGAGUACCUGCGCUGCCUCUACUUCAGGAUGAAGGAGCAGGUGUUCAGGGGGUCACGACCUUAUGAAUCAGCACCACUGGAGGACUUUCUGAAGAAAGAGUUUGGAGAGAACACCAAGAUGACAGAUGUCCAAUACCCCAGGGUGAUGGUGACCAGCGUUCUAGCAGACAGACAUCCAGGCGAGCUGCACAUCUUCAGGAACUACAACCCCCCCUCCGUCCGCAGAGUGCCCCCAUACGCCACCAGUGCCACGUUCAAGCCCCUCACCAUCCCACAAGGAUGGGAGGAUGAGGAUGUGUUGGUAGUAGGAUACACAGAGGAGCCAACCAGAAAGCAUAGGAAGGUGACAGAUGAAGAACAACUUGUGUGGCGAGCCGCCCGCUCCAGCGGCGCUGCCCCCACUUACUUCCGACCAAUGGGCCGCUUUCUGGAUGGAGGGCUACUGGCCAAUAACCCGACACUAGACGCCAUGUCAGAAGUCCAUCAGUACAAUAAAGCUUUAAAAGCAGAGGGCCAUGGAAAUGAAAUCAAGAGGUUGGGUAUUGUGGUCUCCCUCGGUACAGGUAAACCUCCUCAGGUGGUGGUGAGCUCUGUGGAUGUUUUCCGACCCACCAACCCUCUGGAGCUGGCCAAGAGCUUCGUGGGAGCCAAGGAGCUGGGCAAGAUGCUGGUGGACUGUUGUACAGACUCUGAUGGCUGUGCAGUGGACAGAGCCGGAGCCUGGUGUGAAAUGAUCGACACCAUCUACCACAGAUUGAGUCCCCAGCUGUCUCAGGAGGUGAUGCUGGAUGAGGUGAGUGACGCGGUCCUGGUGGACAUGCUGUGGGAGACCCAGAUGUACCUGUACGAGAAGAGGGAAAACCUGCAGUCUCUGGCAAAGGUGCUGCUGAACAAAUGAAAGCACCAGAAACAUCACACGGAGGAGGAGGCUGCGAAGAGCAGAGGAGAUGGAGAAUAUGGGAGCUGACGGCAGAGACCUGUGAGCGGAGUCAAAAGAUGAGCGAGCCAUGUGAUUCAAGAUUGUAACGUCUGUGUUGGUGUGCUCUUUCUUUCAAACUCCUUGACUGCAAUGACUCUCAUAUUUACGCUGAAAUGUCAGGAGCAAAUGUGUGAAUCAAGAUUAACGUAGCCUACUGAACAGCAAGUUAUGUAGCAUCAUGCGACCGUAUCACUGACCUUAUCAUCACUAUAAUGGUUCAUUAAGUUUGUACAUAAACCAGGGAAGGAGAGCGUGACGUUUUCUCAUCUUUGAUGUGUGAAUACAGAGGAAAUGUAGGAGGAAGUGGUGGUAUCAAACUCAAAGUAGCACACACUGACUGCUAACUGUCAUCCCCCUCCCCUCUCUCUCUCUCUCUUUAGUGUUGGGUUACAACUCUUAUUGGUUGUGAUUAAACUGUAACACUCCUCCUCAUUCCUCCUCCUCUUGUUCCUCUUUUUAACCCACGUAAAUACUAAGAAACUCAUUAUACAGACAUGUCAUAUAAGGCCAUAUGAUCAAGGGGACCUUGCAGUACUAUUACACCAUAUGCAGUGUACAUGUACUGUAGCACAGUGUGGAUGGUGGUGACGAUGAACCAGCUCUGCCUUAUAUGUCAGGGACCCACAUUUGUACCAUUUCCUUUCUUUUCACCACAACUCAUUUACAGGUCUUUACUAUACAAGUUAUUUAUACUGACUUUAAACACAAUACGCCCACAAAUAACUUGCUUGCUCACUGUUACAACCUCUCAGUCUACUGUGUCUUGAGCGCAUAUUUAACACGUACUGGACUUAAAACUAGACUUGAAGAUUCAAUUUACUUGAAAGAGAAAGAAACAGAAGACCCACUGCUACUUGCACAACAAAUGAUUUCCUAUGUUUUUUUGUAUUUGGAUUAAUUACUGAAGUGUAUACUUGUAUGGUAAUAAAAUAUAUUAAUAUGGACUUAA